AAAUUGACAUGACAGUUGACGUAUAUACAUAUUUUCUAAGGACUCGUCAAACGACAUAUAUUACUUUUAAGAGAUAUUUAUAUUUAAGAGAUUCUAUAUUGUCGGUAAGACAGAAGAAAUAUUCUUGAAACAUUAAUAACGUUGUCUGAAGCUUCGCACAUUAUCGCUUCUUGCAAUACGAAAAAGAGCAAUGCACAGCGUAUACUCCAGUAACCUCGACUCCAAUGAGCACCUCCAGAUCAAGGGGAUCACCUCCUGCCUCUUCCCGAUCCGAGAUCGGGCAAUGACACAAGCGAAUCGCACGCGUCGCGUUAUACGUCCUCGUCGUUUUUCCGUGAUAAAAUACCGGCAGCGCCAUGCGCGCUCUUUAUCGUCUCUCUCGCUAUCACCACACUUCCUGAAACGACGAUGAAUCAUUCAUCGGUUCAGUCACGUGCUUCGAUUUAAUGUGCGCGCGACGUUUGUAUUUCCAUUUUCCCCCCGCACACACACAUUCACGCGCGCUUGUCCUUAUUCGUACACGACAAUGUGCAUUGCAUUGUGCGUGAGGUAGUGCGUGUCACUGCGUGUCUAUCCGUGUUGUGAUAUCGUUCAGCAGUGAACUCGUCGUAUGUGUCUCGAGGAGUGCGACGAGUGGAUCUCUAGGUCCCAACAUCCCCGGCGGAACAAUGAAUCCGUCGACGUUCGCAGUCGUUGUCCAGGACAGCAGGGAAAACGAGAACGGUACGUUCGAUGACCAUGACGAGAAUGACAGAGAGAGGUUGAUCAAGCCAAGGAACAAUUUUGCGUCAUACUCCAACGAGGACAUCAACGUGCGAUUUCGAAAUACUAGUAAUAAUACAACAUGCAGCAGCGCAGAGGCUAUCUUGGGUCAGUCCAGAAGAUUGAAUAUCAUGGACAUAAUUCCAGGAGCGACAAAUUUCUUGUCAACCAAUUAUGAGAGUUUAGAUUAUGAUACUUGUGAAAAUUAUCUUCUGCAAGACGAAGAAAGGAGUAAGGGGUACAAAUUUGUUGUCAGGAAAAACUUUGCUAGAUGGUUCAUUUUCCUGUUGAUCGGAAUUUGCACCGCCCUCGUGGCAUGCUUUGUAGAUAUAUCGAUAGAAGAAUUGUCCAGCCUGAAAUACGGCUGGCUCAAGAACUAUGUAGACCAUUGCAUGGUGGAAGGUUGCCUAUGGUUACCGUACACGAUGUGGCUAGUGCUAAAUAUAGUGCCAGUUUUAAUAGGCGCUGUCUUAGUAUCCUAUGUUGAACCUGUUGCCGCAGGAAGUGGUAUCCCACAGGUAAAGUGUUACUUGAACGGGGUCAAGAUACCACGAGUCGUGCGGAUUAAAACGUUGGCUGUAAAAACCAUCGGUGUUAUAUGUACCGUGGUUGGAGGCUUAGCUGGAGGCAAAGAAGGUCCUAUGAUUCAUUCCGGUGCCGUUGUAGCCGCAGGAAUCUCUCAGGGCAAAAGCACCACCUUUAAGAAAGAUUUAAACAUAUUCAGAUAUUUUAGGGAAGAUCAUGAAAAGCGAGACUUUGUAGCUGGUGGUGCUGCAUCUGGAGUGUCAGCAGCUUUCGGAGCACCGAUUGGUGGAGUUUUGUUCAGCAUAGAGGAAGGCACUAGCUUUUUCAAUCAAAGUCUCACGUGGAGGACAUUUUUCGCUAGCAUGAUUACCACAUUCACUUUGAACGUAGUGCUGAGCGCGUACCACGGACAUCUCGGGGAUCUUUCGUAUCCAGGCUUACUGAAUCUGGGCAAGUUCGAAUCGAUCCCGUAUCAGAUUUAUGAGAUUCCUCUCUUCAUGAUAAUGGGCACGUUCGGCGGACUGCUUGGCGCUCUUUGGAAUCAUGUCAAUUACAAGAUCACCUGUUUCCGUCUGCGACUCGUCACGCGAAAAUGGCUAAAAGUGAUAGAGGCUCUCCUGGUAGCGAUGCUAAGCGCGACAAUGGGAUCUCUGAUGAUAUACUUUGUCAAUGAUUGCAAACCGCUGGGUAAUGAUCCCAUCAAAUUCCCGGUUCAAAUGUAUUGCGCGGAGGGGCAAUACAGUGCCGUUGCUUCUUUGUGGUUUCAGACUCCGGAGAGCAGCGUACGAUCGUUGUUCCACGAUUCCAAAGGAUCUCAUAGCGAUGUCACGCUCACCAUCUUCGUUGUGCUGUACUUCUUCCUCGCUGCCGCUACUUUCGGCCUAUCGAUGUCGAGCGGUCUUUUCAUUCCUUCCUUGUUGAUUGGAUCCGCAUGGGGUAGAUUAAUUGGCUCGGCCCUCUCGAGGAUAUGCCCGGAUUGUGAAGUAUUGGAUCCUGGCAAAUAUGCUUUGUUGGGUGCUGCCGCGCAGUUAGGAGGAGUGGUCAGAAUGACGAUAAGCUUAACCGCGAUCUUGAUCGAGGCAACGCAAGGAAUAUCCUUCGGUUUACCCGUCAUCAUAGUGCUUAUAAUGGCAAAGUGGGUUGGUGAUUUCUUUAACGAGGGAAUUUACGAUAUUCACACGCAAAUGGCUGGAAUUCCAUUGCUCCCGUGGGAACCACCGCCAUUGUCAAAUAACAUUUACGCAAGCGAAAUAAUGAGUCAUCCAGUAGUGACUUUGAGGACCGUUGAAAACGUAGGUCAUAUUGUCGAAUUGUUGAAAUGCGUCACGUUCAACGGCUUCCCAAUCGUCGAUCCACCUAGUAGCGACCAGGGUGAGAUAAAUUCUUACGGUCGAUUUCGAGGACUAAUAUUGCGCUCCCAAUUGAUAGUGCUUUUAAAAAAUAAGGUAUUUAACGAAUAUGAAGAAUUCUGGGAGAAACCUUUAAGCAUCAAAAUGUUCAGAGACGAGUAUCCUAGAUAUCCAACCAUCGAGCAAAUUGCCAUCACUGACGACGAGAAAACUUACACGAUAGACCUGAGGCACUUUAUGAAUCCUUCUCCCUAUACGUUACAACAUUCUGCAACACUACCAAGAGCGUUCAGAUUGUUCAGAGCAUUAGGAUUACGUCAUGUACCAGUAUUAAACGACACACACGAGGUAAUCGGUAUUAUUACGCGAAAGGACGUUGCCAGAUUCAGAAUAUGGAAACACCAAGGAAGAAUGGGUUUGGACGAGCUUUUGAUCACCAACAAGAUUUAACUUCAGAUCUUUCUUACUUUUUUAUUUUAUCACAUUUAGCGCCUUGCGCUAAAAGUAACUUUGACACAUUAUGUUCUUAAGUUAAAUUUUACAACUUUAUGUAUGUACAUACAUGCAUUUGAGGCUAGAAAAUAGGUCUGUGUGAUGUUAAAAAUGUGUUACUGUGCAGUGUAGGAAGUAUGCCAGGAUUCUUCCUUAGCAGAAUAUGCGUACGUAUGUAACUAAACGCUCGUGAUUUCGUUUACAUUACAAGAAUCGAGUGUGACUUUGUACACUGCCCAACAUUUUAAUUAUUUACAAAUAACUCCCACCCAAGCCAUGACCAAAGUUUAAAAAAGAGAUAUACAGGAAGAAUUACUAAUGAUAAGAGAAAAUAGUAUUCGUACGAUGACACAUACAUGUUAAAAAGUACGUACAAUAUGCACUUUUAGUCAAUAGUGUGACUAGCCAAUCAGUUUCCUUAACAGAAUAUUGUAAUUUAUUUAUAUGAGAUUUUUAUAUAAAACCUGAAAGAAGAAUGAAAUAUUUUGUUGUACAGUGCAAAAUAUAGUUGAUUAUUUUUACAAUCUAUUCUUCAUUUUCUAUCAAACCUCCAACUAUAGCGAUUGAUGGUACUGACAGAGAAGAAUCUAAAUUUAUGUACAUAUCAAUACUUCAGAGAAUAUAUAUAAUACAUAGUAAAUAAAUAUUGUUACUAAAAAUAUUAAGUACGUUACACAUACACUUAAAUAUCAUACAAUCUUUUACACGAAACAAAGUAUUAUGCCAUAUAUUGAUUUGAUGUUUUUCAAUUCUUUUCAUCUUUUAACGCCAAGAAAUUAUAACUUAUAUUCAGAAAUUCUUUUUAUUCUUGCCACAAUAUACAAAAUUUUAUCCCUCAAAGUAUUAACAUGUAUUUAUAAGAACUUACUGUUAUAUAUUAAAUAAAUAACUUAAUCAUAACUGCAAAUCAGAUGCUUACGUUUUCUCAGUAUUUUCAGAGUUUUCUUUCAGUACAAACAUAUGACAUUCCAUCCAUCGUGAAAUUGAUGUAAAUCUCGAUUAUAAAAUCGAUGUUACGACGCAACGAAACUGUACUGCUGUUUCAUUUACUGUCAUCGUGUGGCACGCUACGUUUCAGGAUGCGUGUAAUCUUAUCAAAAUUAUUUUUGCGUCGACCUCUCGAGUGGAUUCGAAGAAAGAUCACGUGAAAAUAUCAAAGUAUCGUGUCCUACGUAUAAUAUUAUACAGAUGCGAAUGGCUGAGCGUCUCGAUCAGUCUCGGCCGUGCGAUCGAACGUUCCUCCUUUCCGUUCGCGAACCGCCGCCUAUGCCGCCCACUGCUGACGUCUUGGCGGCUGGCGCGCGAUGUACAUGCACACGUAUAUACGCGCAGCGUUUUAAGAUGCGACUCUCGAGCGCGAAAUACAGAGACGCCGGCGGGCGCCGCCGCGGUCGGUCAAUAGUUUCGCGGGUCGUGCACCUGCCUGUCGUGAAGUUACAGACGAUAGUAGGAAGGGGUUAUGGUCAAUAAACGCAACCACGUCACACGCAGCCUAUCGGCGACGACCCCGCUUGGCCCCUUAAAGUGGCUCCGAGCGAAAAUCUUACGUGUCGGCCGAUAUCGUCUUCGUGCGCUUUCCCGAGUCGUAACGCGAGAAGAAGCGUGCGGGAGGCAGGCAGACGCGCGCUCACGGACGCAAGCAGUCCGAAGAGAACGUGGGUGUGAAUCGGAGUCUCGCGGUCGGCCGCGUUCUCGCCAGGGUGAGUUGAACCUCUUCGGAACGAGUCUCGGCUGCUGGCACGCACAAGUAAACGGUCAAGCGUGGUUAACCUCUCGAGUAAGACAAGUGAGGAUAUUGAAAGAACAGAGUGGUCUACGCGUUCUGUUAAGGUCCAUGUAACUCAUGUGGAUACAUAAGCAUGACAAGACACGCAAAAGACACGAUUAACUAUCCGUGUAUUAGCGUGUUACAUCUAAGAAAGAGACUUAGCUUAGGAAAAUAAAAGAAA